AUGCUUCUCAAACUCUUUACCCUCGCCUCCUUCGCUGCGACGAUCCAGCUCGCCUUCGCCUCGCCAACCUCUCUCGUUCGCCGCACGAACCCUAACGAGCCCCCGCCCGUCGUCGACCUGGGCUACGCCCGCUACCAGGGCUACCUAAACGAGACCGCCGGACUCUACUGGUGGCGCGGAAUCCGCUACGCCUCGGCUCAGCGCUUCCAGGCUCCUCAGACGCCCGCGACGCACAAAGCCGUCCGCAACGCGACUGAGUAUGGACCGAUCUGUUGGCCUGCCAGCGAGGGCGUCAAUACGACCAAGGGGAUGCCCCCGCCUAGCAACAGUUCGAGCAGUGCGCCGCAGAAACAGGCGUCGGAGGAUUGCCUCUUCCUCGAUGUCCUUGCGCCCGCCGGCUCGUGCGAGGGUGCCAACCUCCCUGUUCUCGUCUACAUCCACGGAGGUGGCUACGCCUUUGGCGACGCGAGUACCGGCAGCGACUUUGCCGCCUUCAUCAAGCACACCGGAACCAAGAUGGUCGUUGUGACUCUGCAGUACCGACUCGGUGUUUAUGGUUUCCUUGCCGGCCAGGCAAUGAAGGACUACGGUGUCACCAACGCUGGCUUGCUCGACCAGCAAUUCGCCCUUCAAUGGGUUCAGCAGCACAUCUCGAAAUUCGGCGGCAACCCUGAUCUUGUUUCUAUUUGGGGCGAGUCUGCAGGCGCAGGGUCCGUUAUGAACCAGAUCAUUGCGAACGGCGGCAACACGGUCAAGGCUCUCGGUCUCAAGAAGCCCCUCUUCCACGCCGCCAUCGGCUCCUCCGUCUUCCUCCCCUACCAAGCCAAGUACAACUCCCCCUUCGCCGAACUCCUCUACUCCCAACUCGUCACGGCGACGAACUGCACCAAAGCCGCCUCGUCUUUCGCUUGUCUCGAAGCUGUCGACGCCGCGGCGCUCGCGGCGGCGGGCGUGAAGAACUCGGCGGCGUUCCCGUUCGGAUUUUGGUCGUAUGUCCCCGUCGUCGACGGGACGUUCUUGACUGAGCGCGCGUCGCUCCUCCUCGCCAAGGGCAAGAAGAACCUCAAUGGCAACCUCUUCACCGGCAUCAACAACCUGGACGAAGGCUACAUCUUCACGGACCCCACGACUGUGAACGACACGACGACGGACCAGACGCAGCUGGCCUCCCAGUUCGACCACCUGCUCGCCGGCCUCUUCCCCUACAUCACCACCGACGAGCGCCAAGCCGUCGCGAAGCAGUACCCAAUCUCCGAGGCGCCGUCGAAGGGCAACACUUUCUCCCGCAUCUCGGCCGUCAUCGCCGACUCGACCUUUGUCUGCCCGACCUACUGGACCGCCGAGGCCUUCGGCUCGUCCGCCCACAAGGGUCUCUUCGACUAUGCGCCCGCUCACCACGCGACCGACAAUUCGUACUACAUCGGCUCCAUCUGGAACGGCAAGAAGUCGGUCUCGUCCGUCCAGUCCUUCGACGGCGCGCUCGGCGGCUUCAUCGAGACAUACGACCCGAACAACAACGCCGCCAACAAGACGAUCAACCCCUACUGGCCGACGUUCGACUCGGGCAAGCAACUCCUCUUCAACACGACGACGAGGGACACCCUCUCGCCCGCCGACCCGCGUAUCGUCGAGACCUCGAGCUUGACCGACUUUGGCACGAGCCAGAAGACCAAGUGCGACUUCUGGCGCGGCUCCAUCUCGGUGAACGCGGGUCUCUAG